CUCAGCCCGGUUAGCCUCCACAACACGGCGGCUCGGUCACUGACGGUGUGGGUUCGGAUCCGCUCGUGUUCUGAGAACUUUAUCGAGCUGACCUGGUGGCGAACUUUCACAUAUCCGUGGACCGUUCUGUUAAAAAAAAAAAGUUUUGAAGAAGUUUUAAAGUUUGUGUUUGGGCUAUAAACAUUGAUAAAUGGGCCGGAGUCCGUUCUCUGACAGCACAGGAAGUUCUGGUGAACAUCUGAAUGUUGAACGUUGAGGAACAAAGAAGUCAUCUCUGUGUUUUGAGCCAGACUGCUGGUUCUGUGGACUUCCUAACCACUGCUGUACCUUCCGAGACUCAUCUGUGUUCAGUUCUGAUCCAGUCUGUACACAGCAGUCGAUCUGAAACCCUCAGAAACCGGUCAGGGUCCAGAAAGCCACCAACAAGCAGGGAUAAACUUUGGAGUGAAAAAUGCCGCCGAAGAAGACUGAGGUCUCUGGGAACGGUGGCAUGAAGAGGAAGAGGGCCAGCGGCAAAAGGAAAGACCGGGACUUCAGCAGCGACGAUGACUUCGACUUUGAGCAGGAGAACAACAAGAAGAGCGGCAAGCUGGCCGCCAAGUCUGGUCUCCAGCCGGUCACCGUCGCCGACGACGUCAAAGAGAAAAUCAAACUGGAGUGCCCAAAGGUGAAAGGUCAGCUGGUCAUCUUUGGAGCCACCAACUGGGAUCUGAUUGGAAGGAAGGAAGUGCCCAAACAACAAGCUGCUUUCCGUAACCUGGGCCAGAACCUGUGGGGUCCCCACCAUUACGGCUGCUUGAAUGACGUCCAGGUGAGCGGCGUGGUUUCUGGACCCUGUGCUGCUCACAGCCUCCUCAUGACCACCGACGGCAAGCUCUGGAGCUGGGGUCGUAACGACAAAGGUCAGCUGGGUCACGGAGACACAAAACGCAUCGAGGCUCCAAAGUUGAUCGAGGCUCUGGCAGAACAUGUGAUUGUGUCUGCCGCCUGUGGACGCAAUCACACCCUGGUUCUGACAGAGGACGGUACUGCGUACUCUUUUGGUGAGAACAAGCUGGGCCAGCUUGGUCAGGGGAACCAGACGGAUGCAGUCCUGAGUCCAGCACCGAUCUCCUACAACGGUCAGCCUCUGGUGAAGGUGUCCUGCGGCGCCGAGUUCUCCAUGGUGGUGGACUGCAAAGGAAACCUGUACUCGUUUGGAUGUCCCGAGUACGGACAGCUCGGCCACAACAGCGACGGGAAGUUCAUCGCUCGAGCGCAGCGGAUCGAGUUCGACUGCGAGCUGAUUCCUCGACGCGUCGCCAUCUUCAUCGAGAAGUCCAAGGACGGCCAGAUCAUGCCUGUGCCCAACGUGGUGGUGCGGGACGUGGCGUGCGGGGCCAACCACACGCUGGUGUUGGACUCCCAGAAGCGGGUCUUCAGCUGGGGCUUCGGAGGGUACGGCCGUCUGGGCCACACGGAGCAGAAGGACGAGAUGGUUCCUCGGCUCGUCAAGCUGUUCGACUUCCCUGGACGCGGAGCCGCUCAGAUCUACGCAGGAUACCAGUGUUCCUUCGCCGUCAACGAGAUGGGGGGGCUGUUUUUCUGGGGUGUGACGAACACUUCCAGAGAGUCCACCAUGUACCCCAAAGCGGUGCAGGAUCUGUGCGGCUGGAAGAUCCGCAGUCUGGCUUGUGGGAAGAGCAGCAUCAUCAUUGCUGCAGACGAGAGCACAAUCAGCUGGGGGCCCUCUCCCACCUUUGGGGAGCUGGGAUACGGAGACAACAAACCCAAGUCCUCCACGACUGCACAGGAGGUCAAAACCCUGGACGGCAUUUACAUUGAGCAGGUGGUGAUGGGUUACUCUCACACGCUGGCCAUCGCCCGGCAGGACACCCCGCAGGAGCAGGAGAGGCUGAAGAAGCUGCCCGAGUACAACCCCCGAACGCUCUGAAGCUCCGCCCGUCCCGUCUGCGGGGCGGCGAGCUCGGGGGAGGGGAGGCGCGCACAAACACAUCUCAACUACCAGCAAACGUGGCUCCACGCCGACUUGGACCAGAAGGCCAGGGCCCGUGGACGGACGCGCGGCCUGCACGUCAUCCUCACCUCAGCGGAGGUCCGGCAGGACUCCAACCCAAACCCCCAGAACCGGUUUUUGUUUAACGUUUUGGUCUGCAUGGUUCUGAUGUCUUCUGGUGCUACCAGCUCUUCUGGGGGGUUCAGAGACCAACACUCCAUACCUGUGCCUUUUCUACGUUCACCGUCGGGUCAGGGAGGAGUCUGAGGAUCUGUGUGCGCCCCGUUCCACAAUCAGGAUCUGGAACGGGUUCUGCGUUGGUGCACUCCACCUGAUGUUACAUUCCUUUGUUCUUCCUUCACUUCUGCAUCUUGGAUGCUCACCUCAGUCCUUCAAGACCUCAGCGUCUGACUCCUUUGUCUGAUUGGUUUGAACUAUUCCAGCGCUCUAAGCGGUCUCGCGGGCCAGUCAGAACUGGAGAACCACGGCGUGGGCCGGGUUCGUUCGUCCUUCUGUCUGCUUUGCAUUUUUUACGUAAAUUCUUUGUUACAUUGUGUUGUUUUCCAUUGCAAUGAUUAAUAAAACAUUGAUGUAAA